AUGGGUUCGGAACCACAGGACGUCGCGACAGUCGACGCACUGAUGCCACCCUCGCCUCACAAGAUGUUCGUAACGGUCAAAGUCCACGGUCAGGACAUCAAGCUGCAAACCGACACAGGGCCGGCAGUAACAAUCAUCAAUGAACCGACGUACGAAAAAUUAAGCUCCCCUGCUGAGGAGUCAUCGAAGGAGGAGUCAUCGAAGGAGGAGUCAUCGAAGGAGGAGUCAUCGAAGGAGGAGUCAUCGAAGGAGGAGUCAUCGAAGGAGGAGUCAUCGAAGGAGGAGUCAUCGAAGGAGGAGUCAUCGAAGGAGGAGUCAUCGAAGGAGGAGUCAUCGAAGGAGGAGUCAUCGAAGGAGGAGUCAUCGAAGGAGGAGUCAUCGAAGGAGGAGUCAUCGAAGGAGGAGUCAUCGAAGGAGGAGUCAUCGAAGGAGGAGUCAUCGAAGGAGGAGUCAUCGAAGGAGGAGUCAUCGAAGGAGGAGUCAUCGAAGGAGGAGUCAUCGAAGGAGGAGUCAUCGAAGGAGGAGUCAUCGAAGGAGGAGUCAUCGAAGGAGGAGUCAUCGAAGGAGGAGUCAUCGAAGGAGGAGUCAUCGAAGGAGGAGUCAUCGAAGGAGGAGUCAUCGAAGGAGGAGUCAUCGAAGGAGGAGUCAUCGAAGGAGGAGUCAUCGAAGGAGGAGUCAUCGAAGGAGGAGUCAUCGAAGGAGGAGUCAUCGAAGGAGGAGUCAUCGAAGGAGGAGUCAUCGAAGGAGGAGUCAUCGAAGGAGGAGUCAUCGAAGGAGGAGUCAUCGAAGGAGGAGUCAUCGAAGGAGGAGUCAUCGAAGGAGGAGUCAUCGAAGGAGGAGUCAUCGAAGGAGGAGUCAUCGAAGGAGGAGUCAUCGAAGGAGGAGUCAUCGAAGGAGGAGUCAUCGAAGGAGGAGUCAUCGAAGGAGGAGUCAUCGAAGGAGGAGUCAUCGAAGGAGGAGUCAUCGAAGGAGGAGUCAUCGAAGGAGGAGUCAUCGAAGGAGGAGUCAUCGAAGGAGGAGUCAUCGAAGGAGGAGUCAUCGAAGGAGGAGUCAUCGAAGGAGGAGUCAUCGAAGGAGGAGUCAUCGAAGGAGGAGUCAUCGAAGGAGGAGUCAUCGAAGGAGGAGUCAUCGAAGGAGGAGUCAUCGAAGGAGGAGUCAUCGAAGGAGGAGUCAUCGAAGGAGGAGUCAUCGAAGGAGGAGUCAUCGAAGGAGGAGUCAUCGAAGGAGGAGUCAUCGAAGGAGGAGUCAUCGAAGGAGGAGUCAUCGAAGGAGGAGUCAUCGAAGGAGGAGUCAUCGAAGGAGGAGUCAUCGAAGGAGGAGCACGAAGGGUCAACUGCGCUGUCGCUCCACCUGACGUGGCGAGCAACAAAUAUAGAAACCGUCUUGGACAUCUUCAUUGCUGCCCCCUAUCCGUACCGUGUGCAGAGACCAGGACCGACCCCUUUGUCGUACACAGAGGUGCUGGAUGUCAACUCUCCUUGGCUGCUGGGUUGA